AUGGUUUUGAGAAUAACUAGCAGUCCAGUGAUCAUUGCAUUGCUGUUCAUCGCAACCGCUGUUCACGACAGCAAAGGGCAGAGCUCCACAGAAGCGACCACUGCAGUCACCGCGACUGCCUCCACCAGCACAGCCUCAGCCACAGCCUCGUCUACAGCCUCAGCCACGAGCUCAGCGACGUCUACUUCCGCCCCACAGCCUACGUCAACUGACGUCACGGUCGGAAUCUCAACAGAUUCUACUUCUGCAAGCCCCACUGGCGCCACAGCUUCUACCACAAGCGGUCCCACACCCACAGCUUCAGCUGACAGCACAACAACAUCAUCACCUACGGCCACGUCGAUAGCAACAUCCGCAACAGCAUCCACGUCUCAGACGGCGGCGCCCACUUCGACAACCGCUGGUCCUGUCAUCCCUGGAGGUCCUGACACACCAAACACCAACACCCAGCCUGACACUGUACACGUUACCACCACUACUACGGCGGCACCAACCACUACUGCCGCACCCACCACAACCACGGCAGUUGCAGAAGUACCAACAACAACAACCAGCGCUCCUGUUGUGAGCACUCCCAGGCAGCAGCAAGACCCAGGCCCCAGCACCGGCGCCGGGACCUCCAACCCUUACACUGGAGGCCGGUACAGUCAGAGACCAGCCCCGAUUCAGCUAACUCCUCAACAAAGAAUGAUGUCGAGUUUCCCGUUCCUCUUCUACGGACAAGAUAUUUUCCCCUACAUGUACUUCCUAAACGACCAGGCUCAAAAUCGUGGACAAGGGUCGAGGUCUUCAGUUGCCAACAGCGUCGCUCCUCUUUAUGCCGCAGGGAUGGAUAUGGACGCUCUUUUUCCGUACUACUACCUCAACCGUAUUGGAGAUAAGUGA